AUGGUCAACCCGAAUUCCCUGGUCAUCUGGGAAGCGCAGUUCGGCGAUUUCGCCAAUAACGCUCAGUCUGUGAUCGAUCAGUUCAUUUCGUCUGGACAGUCGAAAUGGAUCCGUCAGUCUGGCCUAGUGAUGCUUUUGCCGCACGGUUACGAAGGAAUGGGACCUGAACACUCAUCAGCUCGUCCAGAAAGAUACCUACAAAUGUGCAAUGAGGACGAUCAGAUUGAUCUCGAAAAUAUCGCAUUUGGUGGCACAUUUGAAGCUCAGCAGCUCCAUGACACCAACUGGAUCGUCGCCAACUGCACCACACCUGCCAACCUUUUCCAUCUGCUCAGAAGACAGGCAACCAUGCCGUUCCGUAAGCCAGCUGUGGUGAUGACACCAAAGUCACUGCUUCGUCAUCCGAUGGCUCGUUCACCACUCGAAGAUUUCAAGCCUGGCACAACUUUCCAGCGGGUAGCCAUGCCGUUCCGUAAGCCAGCUGUGGUGAUGACACCAAAGUCACUGCUUCGUCAUCCGAUGGCUCGUUCACCACUCGAAGAUUUCAAGACUGGCACAACUUUCCAGCGCGUUAUUCCUGACAACGCUGAACAUGGAGCUGUGAAGCGACUGGUUUUCUGCACAGGAAAAGUGUACUACGAUCUGGUAAUGGCCAGAAAGCAUGUCGGAAAAGAAGAUUCCGUUGCGAUAUGCCGUAUCGAACAAAUUUCGCCGUUCCCGUAUGAUUUAGUUCAAGCUGAAUGUCAGAAAUAUCCAGAAGCAGAGCUAAUUUGGUCUCAAGAGGAGCACAAGAACAUGGGCGCCUGGGGCUAUGUGCAGCCACGUAUCAACAGCCUGAUGCAGAGUGAAAAUCGUUCAGUUCGCUACACUGGACGUCAUCCAUCUGCAUCACCAGCUACGGGCAACAAGUUCACUCACCUUCAAGAACAAAAAGACAUGAUGAGCAGAACAUUUGGCGUUCCAAACGCUCAAUUAGAAGGUUUCAAAGCGUAA